CAACAGCAGGCUUUACUGGUGGGGAAUCAUAAUCUGACAGUUAUCAGUCAGUUUUAUCUUUCACGAGUCCAGCAGUGUUAUAGCCGAGCAUCAUUUCACCAUUAUGACAGACAUGCACGUACACGCAAUGCUCCCGUGUUUGUUGAUCCAGCCAAGACUUCCGCCUUAACUUGAAAGAGAAGAAAAAAUGGGAUUCAAAGACCCCAUGCAGUGAUGCCGGCUGAACUGGUUCACUGAAAGUUGCCCACUGCUGCUGCUGCUGCUCGUUGGCGGUCACUACACUUGCACGCAGGGCGCCAACAACAGCCAUCGGGUCAGAACACGUUCGGGCGCGGGACUCUGCAGACGUCGCAAGUACACAGUCCCUCCUCCUCCUUUUCCUCAUCCGUCCGUUCAUUGCGGCUAUAACUCAACAGGAGAUUGACGCUGUUGACAGUCGGCAGUUGGAUCGUCGGCGUUUAACACAUCAGUUGCACAUUUCAACGGGUUUUGUCAACUUUCAUCCCGAAUUGUUUGACGAUGAUGUUACUCACGGAAAACAGCAUGUUGCUGGUGUUGUUGUGUUUUAUGAUGCUGGUGGGACUGAUGGUCGUCAUCAAGGCCUGUUGCCAGUCGGAAUUCUUCCGGGGGAAAGACGACUCGUCACGUGACAGCAGUUCUGACAGCGUCGUUCAAGUCUCCGUGGUCGAGUCGACCGUCUCGACUCCGGUCCCUUACCACACCAACAUCAACAUCAUCCCAGAUGUCCUGUUCGAAAGGAGCUGCCGGAUGACUAGUAGUAGUGGCGACCACCACUUUAUCGAUAUCGAUUUCUCACUUCCGCCCUCCUACGAGGAGGCAGUCAAGAUGCCUCUGCCCUUUCGAUCGUCCAGUUGACAACUUGCAAAAUACCCCAUUCGAAAACUUAUAUAAAUAUUGAUGGUCUUAUCAAAUAUUCCUAACACAACCAGAACAGAAAAGAAAGAAAAGAAAACGUAAGAAUUUGCUUAUUGUUUUUAUUUUUUUAAAUUCUAAAUUCUAAAUGUGUAAAGAUAAUUUUCCAUCAUCUGAUGUACAGUUUGUAAUUUUGUUGUUGUUGUAUACUGAUAAAGGUUAAAACAUGAGAACUUGACCAAUUUUUACCGAAGAUGAUUGAGAGUAGCUGGACACAAAGUGAUUUCGAUCACAACAUCUUCAUUUCCUCUUUCCCUCCUCCCACAAAACAACUCGAGAGAUGGGAUGGCGGAACUGCCUAUUCCGCUGCUCUCUCUUUCUCAUCACUCGUCCUCGUGUGUAAUGUGUUUUUGGCUGUGCUUAUUGUGCACUUUCACCGAAAGCCUUGACCUCUUUUUCUCAUUCACUGGCCCAUCUCCCUCCGUAUUCUGCUACUCCGAGUCUUGUUUUUCGGCCACUAUCGGCCUACCUACCUACCUUCAGUACUGUGCAGCAGGGCUGGGAGAGAGAUUGGGGACGGGGAUUGUCAACCUGUCAACCCUCGUCAUAAGGUCGAAAAAUAACUCUGACCUCGUUUACCAAAAAAAUACCUUUUACUUUUUCUGUCCGGAUGGGCCAAACUACCUCCCUUAUAAAUAAGUGUGGGGGUCACCAACUUUGUAUUCCAGUUCCAGUGCAUCACCUGUACCGACCCUAUGAAGCUCGUCCACUUCCUCCAGUUGCUGUUGCUCGGCGUCGCGGUUUUCGGUCGUGCAAUCGAAGAGAAAAUAGCCGACACUCGGGUCGUCACGGGCGAUGCGGAGCAGCUUCCUUAUCGAUUCCGGUACAACGUGGCCAGUCAGGACUCUGGGGACUACAAGAGCCAAACGGAAUCUCGUGAUGCGGCUGGAGUUGUUACAGGAAUGUAUCGAGUCCUCCAACCUGAUGUGACCUACGAAGGAGAUUGCCAGCAGCAGCAGCAGCAGCAGCAGACGGCCGGAUCGAUCAACCCGGCCGGCCCAGCAACGUCGUCCUCCUCCGACUCGACUCUCCCAUCAGCCUCUUUAAAAGAUGUUUCCACGGCGCCCAUCAAUCCAUCGGCGGCGACGGCGGCGGCAUUCCUCUCCAGGCCCGUACUCAGCGCCGUCCCGGCUCUUAUCAAUCCGUUGACGACGACGACAACAGACGUACAAGAUUCGGCUCGAGAGACUUUCAUUAUUCCACGUCCCAGCCAGCAGCAGCAGCAGGAUUCAUCAACACCCGUUGGGUUGCAGGUUGGCAGCGCCAGCCCAUCAGCACCAGUGGCGACGGACGCUGCUGCAACAACGUCUUUAUCGCAGAAAAUCCCAGCCAACAUCGACAGGUUGUGGCAGAGUUUGGGUCCGGCGGCUGGCGUCGUGCCAACGACAACCAGUAAUGGAAACUCGGUUGCUGCUGCUCCUGUCAAAGCCCCAGCUGGGCAGCAGCAGCAGCAGAGUGCUGAGGAAAUUGUUGUUGAAAGUCUGUUGCCAGAGGGCCUUUCAACUCCGACUCGACUGAUGCCAGUGAGACUGUCUCUUGGCAACAGACAAACUCUUGUCGACGUUGUUCAGGUUGAAACGACUAAACAGCAAUCCAUUAUUAACGAGGUGCCGGAAACUGUCCCCCCAACUGUCAUAACAGGCAAAGUCCAGACGACUGAUGCUGUUCCCGAUUCCAUUUUGAGCCUUUUGGAGACCUUCGAACCAACUAAAAUUACCAAUCAAAAUGAUGACGACGAAGUUGCUGAUCCUCUAGAAACUCAGCCGUCUGGAUUCUCUGAGCGCAUGUUGAAAGACGAAUCGCUGGAUUCAUCCGUCGAUUUGUCCGCUGUUGAAUCCGCACCGGAAGAAUCAGUGCAGGUUGAGGAAACGAUCGAGUCCAAGACUUUUGUCGAGUCCGACGAACCUUCCGACGUGCCAGUCCAAGCCGAUGAGACGGCCAAGUCGCCGGAAGAAGAAGAAACGAUCGAAUCGAAAAAUAUUCCUCAGUCGGAUGAAACCGCCCACGAAGAAGAAGAAUAUUCUUUUAAAUCCGUAAUCAAAGAAGAAACGAUCCAGCCCAAAAAUGCCGAUGCUCCGACUGAAUCCGAAUCUGAAAAGGAAAGAUCCUUGAGCACAUUGACUCAAUCCGCUCUGGGCAACGUGAAAAAUUUCACGGCUCCCCUAACUCAAUUGAUUUCGUCGUCUGUGCAAAAUCUGACCAAUCCCGUCACCGCCUUGUUCAACACCUUCAACAAGAAUAAAUUGACGACGACCGUUGCGCCAUCGACGGUCGUGACGGAGGAACCCACCACCACCACCCAAUCUAUUCCGCCGGCAGGAAAGGUGGAAACCGACGACCAAGGAGAAGACAUUCCAUCUGGAAAACUUAUCGUGACAGAUGUACAGAAUCAAGAAGAAGAAGAAGCUUUCCCUGGGACGGAUGAUGGAGCUCUUCCGGCAGACAUUCCGCCAGUCUCCCAACACACAAAACAAACGAUUCUAGACACUCCAGCAGCCGAGGAUGAGGUCGAACAGAUUAUUCCGGAAGGAGACCUGAUCAACCCCGUCAUCCAGCAGAAUCUUGAAAGCAUCAGUCUCGAAGUCAACGAUCCAGCUGCUGCUACAGCCGUGGUGGUGGAACCUUUUGGUCCGUCGGUGGUGGUGGCUGACGACAUCGCCCAAGAUUCCGCCGAGCCCACGCCGAUUCAAGUGUCGGACGGCAUUCCGGUCGACGCCCCUGCUGAUGUUAUCGGCGAAACUCUCGUUUCCGUUGCCGACCCUGUUCCGGCAACAGCUGAAGGCGAGUCGUCGAAAGUAGCCGGCCUUGAAGAAACACCCGGCCAGCAGCAAGUUCGGGCCGAUGUACUACGUGAGACCUCGAGCUGGAAUGCCCAGGCUGUAGAAGUUGAAAAUGCUGUCAAAGAAUCCAAGGAAGUUGAGCCGACCCAGGGAAAUGCGGAACUCGUCUACCAGCAGCAGUCAGUGAACGCCGAUGAAGGCAGCAGCACUCUUCCGGAGACUUAUGCCAGCAGCGUGAUUGUGGCCGAACCGGUUCCAGUUAUUUACAGCCACCAAGUAGCAACUGGGCCGUUUUUCGUCCACCAACCAGCCGCCGUUGUAUCUCCUCAAACAGAUUAUUACCCCAUGUCGGUCCGCCAAGGAACGGCCCGCUCCAUCGACUCGGUCGCUGUCACCCCUUACGGUUUACGAGUCCACAAAUUCGUGCCCACCUAUGGGGCAUUAGUGGGUAACGCUCCGCCAACUUUCGUUUACAACCAACAUCGUCGCCAAGGCCACUACCAGCAAUCAAUGCAACACUACCAGCCAACAACAUACGCUGCUGCCCGUUUUGUUCAUGUUCCGGCCGCCGCCGCUCCCAUCCGGAAGAAGCACGGGCAAACUUACGGAAUGCGCUACGCGACCGUCCAGCAGGCCACACCCGUCCAGCUGCAUCAGACCCCAUUCAAGAAACUGCAUCACGUCGUUCGCCCCAAGGCUCCCAAGCAGCAGCCUACUUGGUCUCGGCUUUACAGCACCCACGUCUACUAACGGAAAAACUUGAAACGAAACAUUUUCCUUUUUUUUUCGGUUCUCUGCAUUUAUCAGUGCCCAUUUUUAUGUUGCCGCAUUUACAUUUUUGACGUCACAUGUGCAAACCCACACCUUUAACAGUGUCUUGUCCUGUUCCUCCUUUUUUCUUUCGCCCCUUUUGAUUUUGAAAAUAUAAUGCACUCGAACGCCUCGUAAAAA